AUGCUCUCAGAAGCUAUUGAGGAAGAAUUGGCAUAUUUUGAUGAUCCCGCAUCUCAGUCAGUGAAAAAACCGAAUAGAGAAGUUAUUUCGCAAUCAGGGGGAGAAACUAACGAAACAUCAGCUGAGGAGACCCAAUCCGAAAGUCUUAUAGUGACGGCUACGGAACUACAAGAACUUGUACGUCAAGGUCUCAUAGUUGAUGAAGUUCAUGAAGUACUAGAAUAUGAUCGAAAAAAUAUGCCUUGGAUUAAUAACUUUCUCUUUGGUAUGAAAGCAUUUCGUGAAACAUCCAUUCAAGCUGGUCUCAUUUCUAAGGCGCAAGAUUUUGGAAAUAAAAUAGAUAAUCGCAUAAGUGAUUUUAUCAUUCAAAUGGGGGAAGGCAAAAAAGGAUGGUUAAGCCGUGGAUCAGUUGCGAUAUUGCGUCAGAUGUCAACUACGAAAAGAGUAAUAGAUUUGCUUAAUAUUGCCAAAAAUAAAGGUCCUAAAACUCGUGGACAAAUAAUCAUUUUCUAA